AUGGCUACGGCAAAGGAAGUGAGCAAGAUGGAAGCAAAGAGUAAGACUAGAGGCAUGGCUGAAACUAAGGCAAAACCCCUGGCAGAACCUGGUGUAGUGCCCCAAAACAAUUCAAAAGCCAUGCCUACAUCCAGGUUCAGUGCUGUGCACAAGUAUGAAGUCAAGGCUGAUGCUGGAAGUGAAACCAAUAUCAGGUCCUUUUCCAAGGCUGAUAAUAAGGCCGAUAUUGGAUCCAGACCCCUGAGAAGGAAAGAGGCCAGCACCAAGGUCAGGGAUGAGGACAGAGCUGGUAUAAUCGAGUCCAAUGAUGAGAAUGAAGAAAAUGUCUGCUCCUGGUUCUGGACUGGAGAAGAGCCUAGUUUAGGAUCCUGGUUCUGGCCUGAAGAAAAGAACCCAUUUCAAGCUUAUAAACCUCCACCACCUAAGACUGAGGAAGAGCCCCAUCCCACACCCUGUUGUGAUCUUCCUAUAAAGCGAAGAGCAGCAGCAUGGUCAAGGGCUAGGUAUAGUGUCCUAGUCCCAAUAGAUGGAGGGAAACCAUCCUUGCCUCCAGAUGGGAAUUGGACUCUGGUUUCGACCUUGAUUGAAACUCCCCUGGGUAUUCGGCCUCUGACCAAAAUCCCACCCUUUGAUGAUGGGCCUUACUUCCAGACCUUAGCUGAUCUCAAAGAGCAGAUUAAGUAUAAGGAAAAGUAUGGGCCCAAUCCAAAAAACUGCCGCUGCAAAUCACGUGUCUUCAGUUUAGAGCCUAAAGAGUUUGAUAAACUUGUUGCCCUACUUACGUUAACUAGAGAUCCAUUCAUUCAUGGAAUAGCAAAGAUGAUAAUGGGCAUCAGUCCUGCUUAUCCAUUUACCCAAGAUAUAGUUCAUGAUGUAGGUAUUACUGUUAUGAUUGAAAACCUGGUCAAUAAUCCCAAUGUUAAAGAACACCCCAGAGCUUUAAAUAAAGCGGAUGACAGCUCUGAAUCUUCUGAAGAAGCAAAAACAGAAGAGUUGUAUGUAAAUGAAGUCUGUAAGGACAUAAUCUCUUAUCCUUUGAACUCCCCUGUGCAACUUGCUGAAUUAAAAUUAUUGGAGCACUUGAGUAUGAAAUUUGAGAAUCACCAUAUGAUUGCCCAUUAUAUUCCAGAUCUCCUCAUCUUGUUAAACAACGGAAAUGUCAAAACCAAGUAUUAUGUUUUAAAAGUGUUCUCGCGCUUAGCUAAAAAUCAAGCUAAUACAAGAGAACUGAUCAGUGCCAAAGUACUGUCAUCAUUGGUUGCACCCUUUAACAAGAAUGAGUCAAAGGCCAAUAUUCUUAAUAUUAUUGAAAUUUUUGAGAAUAUAAAUUUCCAAUUCAAAAAGAAGGUGAAGUUAUUUACCAAGGAAGAGUUCACUAAAUUUGAACUUAUUUCCAUAUUCCAGGAAGCAAAACAGUUUAGUGAGAAACUCCAAGACUUAGCAGAGCACAGUGAUCCUGAGAACUCCCAUAGCCUGGAAUUCCAGCUCUGGGUACUGCUUUCAGAGUUGAGAACCUCCACUAUACAACUGGACCAGACCCUUUGGAAUAUUCUUUGUCUUGAACUCCCUAUGGAGCAAACACUUAAUCAGUUGAUGACUAUAGAUUUUUCCAUCAGCUAA